AUGUUCUGCACUUGCGACCGAAGUUUAGGGUCGUGUCUUCCUCAUGAACUUCUUGAGUACGUUGCCGCAGGUUUCCCAAGUAACUUCAAAGACAUGGAAUCUCCCCUCAAUCAAAGCUCUCCAACCUUGGACGACUCAGCUGCACGGCUCUUCAACACGUCGUUUAUUGACGAAAACGAGCUCCAUAAGCUAGUAGAAGCCGUCCAAAUCAAGCAAGAACGUCCACGGAAAAGGGCACGCGUCAACAGUUCCAAUAGCAACCCCGCUACGCCCGACGAUGGCUUUACAGCGCCAGACACGCCAGACAUACACACGAGGCGCAUAGACCUUUGGCCAGAAGUAGAUGUGGUAAUCAGGGUAACCGCGGGAGUUGACGCUGUAUCUGGUCUCGCGCAGGAAGUCGUGCAGGAGGUUGCAAAAAAUCAGUGGCCCGUCACCAUUUCUAUGAAGUUCGACGGCAGUGAUGAAGCAGUGUUCAUUGCGCGUAUCUCGCCUCAACAUGGGUAUGCCAUCCAGGAGAUAACGAGGUUACUCGAGAGAUUCUGCCGCAACACUGAGAGGGCAUGA